AUGCUCCGCACAAUUAAUAACCUGGUUCAGACUCUUCUUAUUCAGGCCCAUAUGCCACACCAAUAUUGGGCCGAAGCUCUUUCCACGGCCUCUUAUCUUCUCAACAUCUUGCCCUCUUCCGCUAUCUCAAACCAAAUCUCCUUUACCAAACUCUUCAAUGUGCCGGCUCGUUAUUCUCACCUACGAACCUUUGGAUGUCUCUGCUAUCCAAAUCUCUCCGCCACUACUGCUCACAAACUGGAACCACGGUCCACACCAUGUGUUUUCCUCGGAUAUCCAAAUAAUCACCGUGGAUAUCGAUGCCUCGACAUUUCUACCCGUAAGGUUAUUCUCUCUCGUCAUGUCAUCUUUGACGAAUCUACUUUUCCUUUUUCUUCAAUUUCAAAAUCGCUUGAUCUUGCUACACCAUCUCUUGAGCUUUUGCCUUCUCCUUCUCCUAUUCUUCGAGACAGCACCCCACCAGCUCCUGUCUCCUCGACCUCUGACGCAGCUCCUCCACCUCCACCUCCAGAUAUGCGUCACCAUAUGGUCACCCGAGCUAAAAGUGGUAUCAUUAAACCACGCAAUCCUCUAUGUUUACAUAUUGACAUAGUUUCUCCUUUACCAACCUCUCAUGUUCAGGCAGCACAAGAUCCAAGUUGGAAUCCUUCAAUGGCAGAGGAAUAUAACGCUCUUAUUAAAGCAGGAACGUGGACCUUGGUGCCACGACCAGUUGCUACUAAUAUUAUUCGAUCUUUGUGGAAUUUCAGGCAUAAAUUCAAUGGAGAUGGCAAACUCACUCGCCACAAGUCACGACUCGUAGCCAACGGAAAAUCUCAACAACCAGGCAUUGACUGUGACAAGACUUUUAGUCCCAUUGUCAAACCCACAACCAUCCGUGCCUUUCUUCAUGUUGCAAUCAAUAAAGACUGGCCAAUCAGACAGUUAGACAUCAAGAAUGCUUUUCUCCACGGAACUCUUGAUGAAACAGUCUACAUGCACCAACCGCCUGGUUUCGUUGACAAGACCAAGCCUGAUCACGUUUGUCUCCUCAAACGCUCUCUUUAUGUGUAA